AUCAUUAAUGCAGGCAACAUUUCUCUCUAGAGCCAUCAAUGUGAUUCCACUGCCUGAAAAAUGUAAUAAUGAUGGAUUUUCUUAUCAUUUUUCUUUUACUUUUUAUUGGAGCUUCAGAGACACAGGUUGAUGUUUCCAAAGCUGUUCCUGGAACUAGGUACGAUGUAACCAUCUCUACUAUUUCUGCUACAACAUACAGCUCACCUGUUAGUAGAACAGUGACAACCAAUGUAACAAAACCGGGACCUCCAGUCUUCCUGGCAGGAGAAAGAGUUGGAUCUGCUGGAAUUCUUCUAUCUUGGAAUACACCACCUAAUCCAAAUGGAAGGAUUAUGUCUUAUAUUGUGAAAUAUAAGGAAGUUUGUCCAUGGAUGCAAACAGAAUACACACAAGUUAAAACAAAGCCAGACAGUCUGGAAGUUCUUCUUACUAAUCUUAAUCCUGGAACAACAUAUGAAAUCAAGGUUGCUGCUGAAAACAGUGCUGGUAUUGGAGUGUUUAGUGACCCAUUUCUUUUCCAAACUGCAGAAAGUGCUCCAGGAAAAGUGGUGAAUCUCACAGUUGAGGCUUUUAACUAUUCUGCAGUAAACCUGAUUUGGUAUUUGCCUCGGCAACCAAAUGGCAAAAUUACCAGCUUCAAGAUUAGUGUGAAACAUGCCAGAAGUGGGAUAGUAGUGAAAGAUGUCUCCAUCAGAGUGGAAGACAUUUUAACUGGGAAAUUGCCAGAAUGUAAUGAGAAUAAUGAAUCUUUUUUGUGGAGUACAACCAGCCCUUCUCCAACCCUUGCUAGAGUUACGCCCCCAUCACGUACCACAUACUCAUCAAGCACAUUGGCUAGGAGUAAAAUAAGCUCUGUGUGGAAAGAGCCUAUCAGUUUUGUAGUGACACAUUUGAGACCUUACACAACGUAUCUUUUUGAAGUUUCUGCUGUUACAACUGAAGCAGGUUAUAUUGAUAGUACAAUCGUCAGAACACCAGAAUCAGUGCCUGAAGGACCGCCACAAAACUGUGUAACAGGCAACAUUACAGGGAAGUCCUUUUCAAUUUCAUGGGACCCACCUAGUGUAGUAACAGGGAAAUUUAGUUACAGAGUUGAACUAUAUGGACCAUCAGGUCGAAUUUUGGAUAAUAGCACGAAAGACCUUAAAUUUGCGUUCACUAACCUAACACCAUUUACGGUAUAUGAUGUAUAUGUUGCCGCUGAGACCAGUGCAGGAAUUGGACCCAAAACAAAUAUUUCAGUAUUCACUCCUCCAGAAGUUCCAGGUGCAGUAUUUGAUUUACAACUUGCAGAAGUAGAAGCCACACAAAUAAGAAUUACUUGGAAGAAACCACGACAACCAAAUGGAAUCAUUAACCAAUACCGAGUCAAAGUUCUGGUUUCAGAGACAGGAGUAAUUCUGGAAAAUACUUUGCUCACAGGAAAAGAUGAGUAUAUAGAUGACCCUAUGACUCCAGAAACUGUGAACAUAGUAGAGUCAAUGGCAGAAUUAUUUGAGGGUUCAGCAGAGAUAUCUUCAGACCUGUACUCUCUUGCUUCCACUAUAUAUAACAGCCAUGCACAUAAUAACUUUCCUGUGAGGAACAGAGUUGAAGACCAGCAUUCAGCAAUUGGAACUACAGAGAAUCUGUAUAUCACUAACAUUGCAGCUGAACAGCUGUCUUAUGUUAUCAGGAGGCUUGUACCUUUCACUGAGCACAUGAUUAGUGUAUCUGCUUUCACCAUCAUGGGAGAAGGACCACCAACGGUUCUCAAUGUGAGGACACAGGAGCAAGUGCCAAGCUCCAUUCAAAUUAUAAACUACAAAAAUAUUAGUUCUUCAUCUAUUUUGUUAUAUUGGGAUCCUCCAGAAUAUCCCAAUGGAAAGAUAACUCAUUAUACCAUUUAUGCAAUGGAACUGGAUACAAAUAGAGCAUUCCAGAUGACCACGACAGCCAACAGCUUUCUCAUAACAGGGUUAAAGAAAUACACAAAAUACAAAAUGAGAGUGGCUGCCUCAACCCAUGUUGGAGAAAGUUCUUUGUCUGAAGAAAAUGACAUCUUUGUGAGAACUCCAGAAGAUGAGCCAGAAUCAUCACCUCAAGAUGUUGAAGUUAUUGAUGUUACUGCAAGUGAAAUAAAUUUGAAGUGGUCACCACCUGAGAAACCCAAUGGGAUUAUUGUUGCUUAUGAAGUGCUGUAUAAAAAUAUAGAUGCCUUAUUUAUGAAGAACACCUCAACCACAAACAUAAUCUUAAGGGACUUAAAACCUUACACCCUCUACAACAUUUCUGUCAGGUCAUAUACCAGAUUUGGUCAUGGCAAUCAGUUAUCUUCUUUACUCUCUGUAAGGACAUCUGAGACCGUGCCUGACAGUGCACCAGAAAAUAUUACUUACAAAAAUAUAUCUUCUGGAGAGAUUGAGCUGUCAUUCUUUCCCCCAAGUAGUCCUAAUGGAAUCAUACAAAAAUAUACAAUUUAUCUCAGGAGAAAUAAUGGAAAUGAGGAAAGAACUAUAAAUACAACUUCUUUGACCCAGAGCAUUAAAGGACUGAAGAAAUAUACCCAGUACAAGAUUGAGGUGUCUGCUAGUACACUUAGGGGUGAAGGAGUGCGGAGUGAGCCCAUAAGUGUACUGACUGAAGAAGAUGCUCCUGAUUCUCCCCCCCAAGACUUCUCUGUAAAACAGUUGUCUGGUAUCACGGUGAAGUUGUCAUGGCAACCACCCCUGGAGCCAAAUGGAAUUAUCCUCUAUUACACAGUUUAUGUCUGGGAUAGAUCAUCAUUUAAAGCUAUUAAUGUAACUGAAACAUCAUUAGAGUUCUCAGAUUUGGACUAUGAUAUUGAAUAUAGUGCUUAUGUAACAGCUAGCACCAGGUUUGGUGAUGGGAAAAUGAGAAGCAGUAUCAUUAACUUUCGAACACCUGAGGGAGCACCAAGUGAUCCUCCCAAAGAUGUUCAUUAUGUAAAUCUCAGUUCUUCAUCAAUAAUGCUCUUUUGGAUGCCUCCUUCAAAACCUAAUGGGAUUAUACAAUAUUAUUCAGUUUAUUACAGAAAUACUACAGGUACUUUUGUGCAGAAUUUUACACUCCAUGAGGUCACCAAUGACUUUGACAAUAUGACCGUAUCUGCAAUAAUAGAUAAACUGGCAAUAUUCAGCUACUAUACAUUUUGGGUCACAGCAAGUACUUCAGUUGGAAAUGGGAAUAAAAGCAGUGACAUAGUUCAAGUAUACACAGAUCAAGACAUACCUGAAGGGUUUGUUGGAAACCUAACUUACGAGUCCAUUUCGUCAACUGCAAUAAAUGUAAGCUGGAGCCCGCCAACUCAACCAAAUGGUCUAGUCUUCUACUAUGUUUCUCUGAGCUUACAGCAGACUCCUCGCCACGUGAGACCACUUCUCGUUACCUAUGAAAGAAGCAUGUAUUUUGAUAAUCUGGAAAAAUAUACUGAUUAUAUAUUAAAAAUCACCCCAUCAACAGAAAAGGGAUUCUCUGAUACCUAUACUGCCCAGCUACACAUCAAAACUGAAGAAGAUGUCCCAGAAACUUCACCAAUAAUCAACACUUUUAAAAACCUUUCCUCUACCUCAGUUCUCUUAUCAUGGGAUCCCCCAUUAAAGCCAAAUGGUGCAAUAAUAAGUUAUGAUUUAACUUUACAAGGACCAAAUGAAAAUUAUUCUUUUAUUACUUCUGAUAACUAUCUAAUAUUGGAAGAGCUUUCACCAUUUACAUUAUAUAGUUUUUUUGCUGCUGCAAGAACUAUGAAAGGACUUGGUCCUUCCAGUACUCUUUUCUUUUACACAGACGAGUCAGUGCCUUUAGCACCUCCUCAAAAUUUGACUUUAAUCAACUAUACUUCAGACUUUGUAUGGCUGAAAUGGAACCCAAGUCCUGUUCCAGGCGGUAUUGUUAAAAUAUAUAGUUUAAAAAUUCAUGAACAUGAAACUGAUACUAUAUUUUAUAAGGCAGAUGAAGUACUGGGAUGCUCUUACUUAGUUACAGCAAGAAGCAUGAAAAAACUCUGCAGUAAACAUUGUCCCCAAUAUUAUAUGCAUUACAAUUUAUUGUUGAUGAAUAUUUCAGGUGUUCAAACUGAAACGCAACUUUUGGGACUGGAACCAGUCAGCACUUAUUCUGUCAGUGUAUCUGCAUUUACGAAAGUUGGAAAUGGUAAUCAGUUUAGUAAUGUAGUAAAAUUCACAACUCAAGAAUCAGUUCCAGAAGCUGUACAGAACAUACAGUGUGUGGCAACUAGCUGGCAGUCAGCUUUACUGACAUGGGAUCCACCCAGAAAGGCAAAUGGAAUAAUUACACAUUAUAUGGUAACAGUUGAAAGGAAUUCUACAGAAGUCUCUCCCCAAGAGCACAUGUAUACUUUCGUGAAACUUCUUGCCAAUACCUCUUACAUCUUUAAAAUAAGAGCGUCAACCUCAGCUGGUGAAGGUGAUGAAAAAACAUGCACCGUCAGCACCCUUCCUGAAGCAGUUCCUAGUGUUCCCACAAAUAUUGCUUUUUCUAAUGUUCAGUCAACUAGUGCAACAUUAACAUGGGUGAGACCUGACACUAUUCUUGGCUACUUUCAAAAUUACAAGAUCACCACUCAGCUGCGGGCUCAGAAAUGCAUAGAAUGGGAUUCUGAAGAAUGUGUUGAGUAUCAAAAAACUCAAUACCUUUAUGAAGCUGACUUAACUGAAGAGACAGUGUAUGGAUUAAAGAAAUUUAGGUGGUACCGAUUCCAAGUGGCUGCCAGCACCAAUGCCGGCUAUGGCAAUGCUUCCAAUUGGAUAUCUACACAAACCCUUCCUGGUUCUCCAGAUGGUCCUCCUGAAAGUGUGCAUGUAAUAGCAACAUCCCCUUUUAGCAUCAACAUCAGCUGGAGUGAACCUGCUACCAUCACUGGACCAACAUUCUAUCUGGUUGAUGUCAAAUCGGUAGACAGUGAUGAAUUUAAUAUUUCCUUCAUCAAGUCAAAUGAGGAAAAUAAGACCAUAGAAAUUAAAGACUUGAAAAUAUUCACAAGGUAUUCUGUGGUGAUCACAGCAUUCACUGGAAACAUAAGUGCUGCAUAUGCAGAAGGAAAGUCAAGCGCUGAAGUGAUUGUUACGACUUUAGAAUCAGUCCCCAAGGAUCCACCUAACAACAUGACAUUUCAGAAGAUACCAGACGAGGUUACAAAAUUCCAGUUAACGUUUCUUCCUCCUUCUCAACCCAAUGGAAAUAUCCAAGUAUACCAAGCUUUAGUUUACCGAGAAGAUGAUCCUACCACUGUCCAGAUUCACAACCUCAGUAUUAUCCAGCAAACUGACACAUCCGUCAUUGCAAUGUUGGAAGGACUAAAAGGUGGACAUACGUAUAAUAUCAGUGUUUAUGCAAUCAAUAGUGCUGGCGCAGGGCCAAAGGUUCAGAUGAGAAUAACCAUGGACAUUAAAGCUCCAGCACGACCAAAAACCAAACCAACCCCUAUUUAUGAUGCCACAGGAAAACUUCUUGUGACUUCAACAACAAUUACAAUCAGAAUGCCAAUAUGUUACUACAAUGAUGAUCAUGGACCAAUCAAAAAUGUACAAGUGCUUGUAACAGAAGCAGGAGCUCAGCAUGAUGGAAAUGUAACAAAGUGGUAUGAUGCAUAUUUUAAUAAACCAAGGCCAUAUUUUACAAAUGAAGGCUUUCCUAAUCCUCCAUGUACGGAAGGAAAGACAAAGUUCAGUGGCAAUGAAGAAAUCUACAUCAUUGGUGCUGAUAAUGCGUGCAUGAUUCCUGGCAAUGAAGACAGAGUUUGCAAUGGACCUCUGAAACCAAAAAAACAAUACUUAUUUAAAUUUAGAGCCACAAAUAUUAUGGGACAAUUUACUGAUUCUGAUUAUUCUGAUCCUGUUAAGACUUUAGGUGAAGGACUUUCUGAAAGAACUGUAGAAAUUAUACUUUCCGUCACUUUGUGUAUCCUUUCAAUCAUUCUUCUUGGGACAGCUAUUUUUGCAUUUGCAAGAAUUCGACAGAAGCAGAAAGAAGGUGGCACAUACUCUCCUCAAGAUGCAGAAAUUAUUGACACCAAAUUCAAGCUGGAUCAGCUCAUCACUGUGGCAGACCUGGAACUGAAGGACGAGAGAUUAACGCGGUUACUUAGUUAUAGAAAAUCCAUCAAGCCGGUAAGCAAGAAGACCUUCCUGCAACAUGUUGAAGAGCUUUGCACAAACAACAACCUAAAGUUUCAAGAAGAAUUUUCGGAACUACCAAAAUUUCUUCAGGAUCUUUCUUCAACUGAUGCUGAUCUGCCUUGGAACCGAGCAAAAAACCGCUUUCCAAACAUAAAACCAUAUAAUAAUAACAGAGUGAAGCUGAUAGCUGACGCUAGUAUUCCAGGAUCAGAUUAUAUUAAUGCCAGCUAUGUUUCUGGCUACUUAUGUCCAAAUGAAUUUAUUGCCACUCAAGGUCCAUUACCAGGAACAGUUGGGGAUUUUUGGAGAAUGGUAUGGGAAACCAGAGCAAAAACAUUAGUAAUGCUAACUCAGUGUUUUGAAAAAGGAAGGAUCAGAUGCCAUCAGUAUUGGCCAGAGGACAACAAACCAGUUACCGUCUUUGGAGAUAUAGUGAUUACAAAGCUAAUGGAGGAUGUACAAAUAGACUGGACCAUCAGGGAUCUGAAAAUUGAAAGGCAUGGAGAUUGCAUGACUGUUCGACAGUGUAACUUUACUGCUUGGCCUGAGCACGGGGUCCCUGAAAACAGUGCCCCUCUAGUUCACUUUGUAAAAUUGGUUCGAGCAAGCAGAGCGCAUGACACCACACCCAUGAUUGUUCACUGCAGUGCUGGAGUUGGAAGAACUGGAGUUUUUAUUGCUCUGGACCACUUGACACAACAUAUAAAUGACCACGAUUUUGUGGAUAUAUAUGGAUUAGUAGCUGAACUGAGAAGUGAAAGAAUGUGCAUGGUACAGAACCUGGCACAGUAUAUCUUUUUAUACCAGUGCAUUCUGGAUCUUUUAUCAAGUAAAGGAAGUAACCAGCCCAUCUGUUUUGUUAACUAUUCAGCACUUCAGAAGAUGGACUCUUUGGAUGCCAUGGAAGGUGAUGUUGAGCUCGAAUGGGAAGAGACCACCAUGUAAAUAUCCAGACCAAAGAUUACAACUGGAAGACAUUUUCAAAUCCCAGGGGCCAAAAUCUCCCCCUCACUCUUCUGAAUUGAAAUGUACAACCUUAAAGAAAUCUCUGUGUUUCUGUUACUGUGCCUUAUGGAUUGACAUUUUAGGAAUAAUUCUAGGAAAUAGGUAAUUCAGGGUAGUCAUUUUUUUGUACAGAAUAAAUAUACAUUUAAAAUGUUUAAAAGAAGAGAUCCCAGAGAUUUUUUUAAGUCUUCCGUAUCUUUGGAAUGAGCCAAAUAGAAAAUUAUCAUUAUAUUAGCAUGAAUGUUUCCACGUAAAUUUUCCCCACAUAUUAGAUUGAAUCUUGAACAGAAGUUGUAAAUGUUGAUUCGGUCGUGUUAUUUUGGCUUCCAAGGUGUUAACGUUCCUUGUGGAUAACUUCCAGGACUGUCAUAACGAUCUGUACACUUCCAUGUACACCCCUGUGUUUUGAUUCCUCUGUUUUAUGAGUGCUGAGAUAUCAUCUCAUGAUCUCCAACAGCUGAACAGUAACCCCUUGACACUGCCGGGAUUACUUAGCCUUUAUACAACACACAGUAGCUCUUUGGGGACACUUAGGGCUAUUUAGUUGCAUUGUGAUCUUUAGCUGGAAAAACAAAAAGAAAAAUGAAACAGUGUGAUUGCUGAUACGAAGCUACAGAGUACAUUUGUACCUUUUUCAGGACAAGCUGUACCACUGUGCUGUAGCAUUAAAUACAGGGUUAUCAAAGUAUUUGUCUAUUAGAUGUUUAUUCAACC